AUGUCGUCCCAGCUCGGGCGCGACGACUCGGGGACCGCGGGCGCGCGGCGGCCGCGGGAGCCUCCGGAGCAGGAGCUGCAGCGACGCCGGGAGCAGAGGCGGCGGCGGCACAACGCGCAGCAGCUGCAGCAGCUCAAGCACCUGGAGUCCUUUUAUGAAAAACCUCCUCCUGGACUUAUCAAGGAGGAUGAGACUAAGCCAGAAGACUGUAUACCAGAUGUCCCAGGCAAUGAACAUGCCAGGGAAUUUCUGGCCCACGCACCAACCAAAGGACUUUGGAUGCCACUGGGAAAAGAAGUCAAAGUCAUGCAGUGUUGGCGCUGUAAAUGGUAUGGUCACCGAACAGGCGACAAAGAAUGCCCUUUUUUUAUCAAAGGCAACCAAAAGUUAGAACAGUUCAGAGUAGCACAUGAAGAUCCCAUGUAUGACAUCAUACGAGAGAAUAAAAAACAUGAAAAGGAUGUAAGGUGA